AUGACGGAGGCUAAGGAUUUGUUGCAGGACGAACAGUUUCUGAAGAUCCAGCGGCUCAAUUCCGCAGAACCCAACAAACGGCACUCGGUCACCUACGAUAACGUGAUCCUGCCACAGGAGUCCGUGGAGGUUUCUCCACGGUCGUCCACGACGUCGCUGGUGGAGUCGACGAAGGCGGAACGUGUGGCAGCGGAGCCAGAGCCAGAACAGGAACCAGAGCCAGUGCCAGUGCCAGAGCCAGAGCAGGAGGAGUACCCCGUCGAUGCUCGCAUGCAGAAGUAUGUCUCACACUUGAAGAGCAAGUCUCGCUCCAGGGUGCAUCGCAAGGACGCCAGCAAGUACGUGUCGUUCUUCGGAGACGUGAGCUUUGACCCACGCCCCACGCUCCUGGACAGCGCCAUCAACGUGCCCUUCCAGACCACUUUCAAGGGCCCUAUCAUGGAGAAACAACUCAAGGGGUUCAAACGGGCCACGGCCACGGCCUCCACAACGAAGAAGAUCGGCAAGGCAGAUGCUGCUCCCCACGAAAAACUGGAGUCGAACUUCUCGGGGAUCUACGUGUUUGGAUGGAUGUUCCUGGGUUGGAUUGCCAUGAGGUGUUGCACAGACUACUAUGCAUCGCACGGGAGUGCGUGGGGCAAGUUGGAGAUCGUGCAGUACAUGACGACAGACCUUUUCACGAUCGCGAUGUUGGACCUAGUGAUGUUUCUGUGCACUUUCUUCGUGGUGUUCGUGCACUGGCUGGUGAAAAAGGGCGCCAUCCGCUGGAAGUGGACGGGCUUCAUUGCCGUCAGCAUUUUCGAACUGGCCUUCAUCCCUGUGACUUUCCCCAUCUACGUGUACUACUUCGAGUUCAGCUGGAUAACAAGGAUUUUCCUAUUUUUGCACUCUGUGGUGUUUGUCAUGAAAAGCCACUCGUUUGCCUUCUACAACGGAUAUCUUUGGGACAUAAAGCAAGAACUCGAGUUCUCCUCUAAGCAACUACAGAAGUUCAAAGAAACACUGUCCCCCGAGACUCGAGACGUUCUGCAAAAGAGCUGCGACUUCUGCCUUUUCGAAUUGAACUACCAAACCAAGGAAAAUGACUUCCCCAACAACAUCAGCUGUAGCAACUUCUUCAUGUUCUGCCUUUUCCCCGUCCUCGUGUACCAGAUCAACUACCCAAGAACCUCGUGCAUCAGGUGGAGGUACGUCCUGGAGAAGGUCUGCGCCAUCAUGGGCACCAUCUUCCUCAUGAUGGUCACCGCGCAAUUCUUCAUGCACCCGGUGGCCAUGCGCUGCGUCGAGUUCCACAACACGCCCACUUUCGGCGGAUGGAUUCCCGCCACCAGGCAGUGGUUCCACUUGCUGUUCGACAUGAUCCCCGGUUUCACCGUCCUCUACAUGCUGACCUUCUACAUGAUCUGGGACGCUCUACUGAACUGCGUGGCGGAACUCACCAGGUUCGCGGACAGGUACUUUUACGGUGACUGGUGGAAUUGCGUCUCGUUUGAAGAGUUCAGCAGAAUUUGGAACGUCCCCGUCCACAAGUUUUUGCUGAGACACGUUUACCACAGCUCCAUGAGCGCAUUGCACCUCAGCAAGAGCAGUGCCACCCUGUUCACCUUCUUCCUAAGCGCCGUGUUCCACGAAAUGGCCAUGUUCGCCAUCUUCAGAAGGGUCAGGGGUUACCUGUUCUUGUUUCAGCUGUCCCAGUUUGUGUGGACCGCACUAAGUAACACCAAGUUUCUACGUGCAAGACCACAGUUGUCCAACGUCGUGUUUUCGUUUGGUGUCUGUUCAGGACCCAGCAUCAUCAUGACAUUGUACCUGACUUUGUGA